AUGAAAAGAUUCAGCUUUCUCUUAGCUUUGGUAUGGGCACUUGUUUCAACAUCAGCCUUCACUUCCCCUGUUGUUUCUCAAGCACGUGUCGUGGCUCCUGCUCAACCAAAUUUUGCACGAUUCUCUCCCGCCGUUGUGUUGAUGGCAUCGGAUGAUGGAGUCGUUGAGCUGGCAGAUGACGACGAGACUACCCCAGAAGCAGCUGCCGCUACCGAAUCCAAGGAAACAGAGAAAGCUGUAGCACCCUUCUUAUCACAAGGCGAAAUCUCGGAAGAGCCCGUCGAUCUUUCCGACCCCAAGCAGGCUCGUGUAAUGUUCUACAUUAUCCUAUCACUCAUUCCAGUCUUAUUCUUGAUUCCAUUGAUGCUUGGAUCCAGAGACCUGAUUCCUCAAGAGAUUUUGCCUCCAGUGGAAUUGCAAUAA